GCUUCUCCAGGGCCGACAUGACAGCUAGGGACGCGCCGGGAACACCGGGAUCACCGGGAACACCGGGAGCCCCGAGCCGCCCCCGCGCGGGCACCACCUGCGCCCGCUUCGCCGUGCGCUGCGGGCCCCGGCAGCUCAGCGCCUACCUGGCAGAUAUGGGCGUUCUUGUCCUGGAGGUCCUAACCAAACGAGACCACCUGCUCCUCGGCAGGGCACGGAUCACUGAACUGUCCCAGCUCUCCCCCAGCCAUCCCAUCAAAGGUUCUUUUGCUGUGCUGUCACCAACAUCGGAUAAACUCGGGGAGCUGCAGGUGUCACUGGUUCUAGAGCCUCUGCCAGAGCUGUAUGGCACCAGCAGCUGCGUGCCAGCCACGCAAGGAGGUUCAGAUGCUGCUGCUGCCCAGGGAAGCAGCAAGUCCCAGCUUCCUGCUCCAUCCCAGCAGCCCAGGCACCCCCGGGUGGCUGCUGAACAGGAAUUUGUUGACAACAGCAAAGCCACAUCUCCUAGAGGAAAGGACCAAGAGAACUCUGAGAACGUGAAGAACACCUUUCCUGCUCCUCGUGCCCGUGUGAUUUCUCCGGAGGAGCAUGUGGAGAUGAGCCCUGAGAAUCAGCUCCUGUCCUUCCCCAGCAGCGCCGAUCCCACAGCGCUUCCCGGGGGGAGCACACGGCUGCUCUCCAUGCACAGCCCGGCUGCAAGGGACCUGCUGGCAGCUCUCUUGGAUCAAGGCAGUAAACUCCGUGAUGCCAUGGUUGUUUCUGCAAUGAAGUCCAGCCCAGACAUGGAGAUUGAACUGAAUAAAAUGUCUCAUUUCAUAGAGACAGACAAUUUUAAAAUACCAGCAAAGAGCCCAAGAGGCUUGAAGUCCAGUUUUGUGCCCACUCCUGAGGAUCCCCAUCACUUUGGAUCUGAAGUUUCAGGUCAGCACUUUGACCUAAACUCUGAAGAAAGAGCAAUCCAGUUACUGAUGGGCAGUGCUGAUUUCUCCCCGGGGCACUUCUGGGAUCGGACAGGCUCCCUGUGGGAUUCUCUCUCCCUUGGCAGCGAGGUGUAUGACAGUGAACUCGGUGAUCCCCACUACGACCAGAGUCUGCUGGAGAAGCUUUUUUACACAGCUCCUAAAUCUGAUUCCAGUUUGAGUGAUUUCCUCAGCGAUGAUGAUGUUAAGUCCUCAAAAAAAGCAUCCAAGACAGAAACUCUCAAAAAAGUGGCUCCAGUGAAUCCACAGAAGGAAUUUCAUGCCUUUGAUCAGAAUGUGACAGAAACUAAGCCCAGCUGCUCUCCCACUGCUCCUCCAGAAGACCACAGGGGAAUGUCUCUUCUCACAUCCUUGGGUGCAGACAGGUUGGCAUUGCUGCAGCGAGUACACCUCGCCAGAGUCACCAUAGAAAGCCUGAAAAUCCCUCCUGAGAGCAUCCAGAUCUCCCCCAGGAGGAAAGGUUUGCUGGGGAAGCCUCCACGGCCCAUGUCUGUUCAUAAGUGCACCUUCUUUGUGGAGUACCACUUCCCUGUGAGGGUCUCAAAGGAUGAAAAAGGACAGGUCUCCAUAGCAACAGAAGCAAUUCGAGUAGCCUCCAGUAAAAUCACAGAUGAUGUGGUGAAGUUCCAGCAGCAGUCUGUGUUCCCUGUGUGGUUUGGGGGAAGGAUGAUGGAGCACUGGUGGGGCUCUGACCUGGCUUUUAAAAUCUACAAGAGAAAAAGCACACAGAAAAAGCCUGUGGCCAUUGGCUCAGCAUCAGUUCAGCUCCGCAGGGUGAUUGAGGCUGAGCUGCUCAGUGUCAGCUGGGAUAUACCUGUGGAGAAAGAGGGAGAUCACACACAAGUUGGGCCACUAAAGGUGUCGCUGCAGCUCGUGGCCAGUGCCGCUGCCAGGCCAGCUACAGCCGGGCCCCCAGCCCCAGCUCACGCCGUGAGAGGGGCCCAGCUCGGGCUGCAGGAGCCCAGCAGGACGGGUGGAGGUGCAGAGAGCCCCCUCAGCUCCACAAGGAGCCCCGAGGGCUCCCGGGGGCCAGCAGCAGGCGGCAGGGACGUCGCGCAGCCGCUGUGCCCGGAGCUGGCCCGGGAUGAGGUGACACACGUCACGCCAGCUGAGCAGGAGGGGUUACUGCUGCACGUGCUCCUGAUGGUGCCUGAUGGAAAGGACUUCAUUGCAGAAGGCUCUGGGCUCCCCAGUUCCUGCAAUGUGUAUUUAAACUGCAAACUGCUCAGCACUGAGGAGGCAACGAGAUCCGCUGUCGUCUGGGGCACAAGGCAGCCUGCCUUUAAUUUUUGUCAGGUGAUGCCUUUUUCAUUGACUUCCAAACACUUGGAGCGGCUGAAGAACAAUGUCAUGAUUAUUGAAGCAUGGAACAAGCUAGGAAGCCCUGGCUGUGACAAAUUGCUGGGAUUAGUGAAACUCCCUCUGCAUCAGUUUUACAUCUCAUUCAAGGAUGCCAAGGUUUCCUACCUGCUCCUGCAGGCUCAGUACCCGGUGGUGGCUGUGGACGGCCACGUGCCGGUGGUCGACGUUUUCACGGGCAGCACCCGCGGCAGCCUGAGGGUCACUCUGGCAAUGGGAUCAGCCAGCCAAAUCGUGGCACUGCAGAGGCUCAAAACUGAGGAAGGAAUGGUGCCUCCAGUCACACAGCGUCCUCCCCACUCUCUGGACCGUCCGGCUACAAAACCCACACUGUUGGACCCAAAAGGGGAAGACCUGAUGGAGCAUGUGUUCGAGAUCCACGUGGAGGGUGUGAAGGGACUCACUCCCCUACAGUCCACGGUCUGGGGAGAGGCUGACUGCUACAUCCAGUACUAUUUUCCAGUUCAGGAGGCUGGCUGUGGUGCAAUGCAAGGACCUGGACUGCAUGAGGAUGGCAUCACAUUAAAGCCAUUUAGAACAGCUACCACUUUGUGUGUCCCUGAUCCCAUCUUCAAUGAUGAACAUCAUCAUUCCCUGUUGGUUCCUGCUGAUGUCCCAGUCCAGAGACUCCUGGUCAGUGCAUUUAUGACACCAGGAGCAGCAGGAGGAGGAAUGCAGUUUGAAGUCUGGUGCAGGUAUUAUUACCCAAAUGUCAGAGACCAGUUGGUUGCCAAAGGGGCCUUGCCUUUGUCACGGCUCUGUGCCAUGGUGACUCUGCAGCACCGUGAAGAAAUAGGCAUUCAAACUUUUAAUCUUCCCUUGGUCCCACGGAGUGAUUCCUCUGAGGAAUUUCAUCUGCAGUCUUCAGGUUUGCUCGAUGUGAGUGUGAGGUACCAGCGAUCCAUGAGAACACCAGCUGGAAUGACUGCUCAAGCUGUUUCACUUUCUGUACAAAUACACAGGGCAGCUGGUUUGCAGGCAGCAGCCAGAGCUGUGGCACAGAAGAACCCCUCUGUGCAGUACUAUGCAGGGGUGGGGGUGAACACCUACGUGUGCGUGCUCCCGUCCUUCCUGCCCCCGGCGCGGGCGCGCAGCACGCGGGCUGUGCCCUGCUCCUUCUGCCCAGAGUUUGGGCAUAGCCUGGAGUUCCUUUGUCAUCUCAUCACCCAGAAAAGCACUGGAGAAACCUCUUCUCUGGGGGAACUCUUGCAGUCUGGCAGCAUUUUUUUCUCCAUCUACCAUCAGGGCACCAAGUCAGCCACUGACAAAUUGGCUGACAGAACAUCCAGAGAUUAUCUUCUUGGGACAGUCACGAUUCCAACCAGAGACCUGCUGACAAAAAGAUCAGGUAUUUCAGGCUGGUACCCAGUGACCCUCUCCGAGGACCCGCUGCCUUCACACUGCACAAACGCCCUGCAGACCAUUGUGGGAGGGCUGGAACUCCGCGUUGCCUUUGCCCAUCAGGGUGACAGGGAGCGUGUCUUGGAGGCUGCCAGGCUCCUGGGGUGGAGCAGCGAGGAGAACCACGAGGACAGCGAGGACGGCAGCGGGGACUGGGAGCACAGUGCCGGCCCGGUGGCCGUGACCAUCUCCACGCCACGGGUGUGGCUGCCGCUCCGCUGCGUGCUGCUCACGGGCCAGGCACACCUGCACAAAAGCACUUACUGCUACCUCAGGUACAAGCUGUACAACCAGGAGGCCACCUGCACGUGGCUGAGGCGGCCAAAGGUGAGCGACGACGCGGAGAAUGUCACGGUGAGCUUCAGGAAACCCAGCAAGGUGACUCUCAGAAGGAACCAGGGGCUGCUGUGGUUCUUCAGGGAGGAGAAGUUGGAAAUCCAGGUGUGGUGUGCAUAUGGCAAGGAAAAUGAGGUGGAAAGACCCCUUGAUACAGAUCGUCUUAUUGGAUCUGCCUACGUCGACCUGGCAGCGUUGGCAGAGAGAUCCAGGAGAACGCUCAGUGUUAGUGGCGUUUAUCCGCUGUUCCGUUGCAAUGCCGCGGACCUGGCCGGCGCCGCUGUGCGCGUUCACGUCAGCCUCGGCCCCUCCGCCCUGCCCAGGCCUCCCUGUGCCGAGCAGUGCAGCAGCAGUGAGGAUGGAGGCUCGGGGGAAAGCCCUGCUCUCAGCCAGCAGGUCUCUGACAAGCAGCAGGUGGAUGUUGUAGGCUCAGGGAUCACCAACGGAGAACCACAGGAAGAAGACGAGAUGUUCCUGGAAAACACAGUUGCUGUCAAUAUCCUGGUGGAAAGAGCAAUGCAUCUAAGUUUAAAAGGAAGUCCCUUGACAGAGCGGGAAGUGGCAGCCCCCAGCAGCUGUGUGUCGUUUGCUGUUGCUGGAGCAGAUGCUCCAGUAACCACUCCAGUGGUAGGAAAUACAGACUCCCCAGUCUGGGACUUCCAGCAGCAGGCAAGAUUAUCCAAAGAGCUUCUCCUGGAUCCACAGCAAACCUUGGUCUUCAAAGUGUGGCAUAAAGCAGAGUCGGAGCGAGUGAUAGGAUUUGCAUCCGUGGACCUCUCUCCUCUCCUCUCUGGCUUCCAGCUGGUGUGUGGCUGGUACAACAUCACAGACUUCAGCGGGCAGUGCCGAGGGCAGAUUAAAGUGGCCGUGUCCCCUCUCCAAAAUAUAAAUAACCUCAAAGAAGAAAGGCAGGCCAGGGCCCGAAGCCAGCCGGAAACUUCCUCGGUGAAGAUCAGCUUUCCAGCAUGUCCUAGUAAUUCUACAAACUUGUCCAAGCAGAUGUUGCAUUCCUUGUCAAAGGAAGUCACUGUUCCUGCUCGAGAGCACAGGGUUGGCCCCCCUGGCACGCAGACGCCUCGGCACGAGGAGCACAUGCAGAACGUGCGCCGAUUCCACGAGUCGCUGCAGCAGGCGGGCGGGAAUGGGAGCGCGCACCGUGCCCGGCGGGAUGCGGCUCCGCCGGCCUCGCGCGCCGCGCUCCUCACCGCGCUCAGAAAGAACUUGAGCGAGCUGGAUGAGGUUCAGAGAUACUUCAAUGAGAAGCUGACCAGGUCUUUCCCCGACUUCAGCACAUCCAAACCAGGCCAGGAGGAGCGGGAGAGUGACGAUCAGGGUUCCAUGAGCAGAGAAGUGGAUCCCAAAGGCUGCCAUCUUUUGGAAAAAUCUAGUCAGUUGGUGUCUCAGGUCAGCAGCCUAAUCAAUGACUUGCAGACCAUAACUAAAAAUAGCAAGGAAGCUUCUGACGUGCCUCAGGAGAGCAGCAGGAAGCUGGGUGCUUUGACUGUACCCAUCUGGAAGCAGGAAGGAGGCAGUGAAGCUCCUGGAGGCCAGCUGGAGAUGCCAGAUGUGCCAGCUGGAGAUGCCAGUGUUCCCUGUGGCCAUGCCAGCAGACCCGUGUUUGAGAGACACAUGUUGCACCAGCUCCUAGGCCCCAUUAUCCCUGAAGAUGAGCAUCCAGAGGGUGUUGUCCAGGAAAAGGAAGGUGCUUUUGCCAUCCAGCCUCACAGUGAAGAGGAAUAUGAAGAAGAUGUUAUAGAACCACGGACUCUAAAUGAGAUAACCACCAUGACAGACAGGACGAGCCCCUGGUCCAGCAUGAUCUCUGAAACAGGGCAGGGGCCUGAGCUGCAGCCUCUGGACCCCAGGGCUGGGGAUCAGCACUCCAUGGAUGUGGGCUGUUUCCAAAGAGGGAACAGCAGCACCUUGUCCAGCAUGCUGCAGGGGGACAGCCAGAGCAUGCUGAGCGCCCUGAGCCCACCCAUGAGCCCCAAGGUGGGUGGGAACAGCCCCUGGGGAGCAGCAGGAGACUGCCAGACCUUCCCCAGAAGCACAGGAACAGCAGAGAGGGAGCUGCUUCUGCCAUCUCAGCUGAGCCUCUGGAGCAGAGCACUGAGCACUGAACCCAUAAAGAAAAGCGUGGAGUUCCCUGCAGGCUCUAAGGAACUGCUGCCAUCCUCAGGAGACAUGGGUUUGACCAAUCAAAAAACCACUGAGGAGGAGGAAGGUGCUGAGGUUGUAAAUGGAGAUCAUCAGGGCAAGGAAGGAAGUGGCUCUGAUGAGAACUGUGUUCAGAGUGUAUCAGCCCAAGCUGGCUCAGAAGGAAACAGCGAGAGCUUCCCUGAUGACAGCAGUGAAGACCCAGUGGAAGGCUCAGAAAACCCCAUCAAACAAAAAAUCUCUUUAUCUGAUCCUGUUGUUCCCAACUUCUUCCUUCCACCCCAGGAGAUGGAAGCCUCCAUGAGACUGCUCUGCACUUCUUCCCACCCUUCCACACCUCCAAAAAGCAGGAGUGCAGCAGUGCCGGGAGGAAUCCCCUACCGAAGAGCAAACCGUCCCAGGCCCAGCCCCGAGCUCUCUGAGGAGGAGGCCAAAAGAAUCGCCAGGAUCUUCUCUGCUCAGCUCUCCAAGAAGGAAUAGUGCUGGCACAGCAGAGCUUCCGAAGCCACGGCCGGAUGCACGGGCAAAGGAGGAGCACCCCAGUAAAGGGGAGGUGGAAGCCACAGCUUUCAGGCUCUGCUUUGAGUUUGCCUAAUUGGUUAGUUAAUUGAAAUCCCCUGUUUAGAAGGGCUUAAAGCCUGUGGGCACCCCCAGGGAGCUGUGUCUUGUAGGGGCAGGUCCCCAGUGAGACACACCUCUGUGGGUAACCCAUGAUCCAUCUGCUCUCCAAGUAGUCCAGUUUUAGGAUUUAUUCCUGUGAAAUGGCCCUUUCAAAAACAAUUGGUGGGCAACACAAUUCUCUGCUUCCACAGGUGCCCAAAGUGCUUGUGUGAACACAGGCUAAGGGCACCGUAAAAUCUGGUGGGUGUACAAAAGAGGGUGACUAGAAAGAUGAGACUUUUAUAUUUAUAUUUAAAUUAUUUUUGUACACCUUUCAGAGAACAGACUUCGAUGCCAGCAGAGCUCAGUUAUUUUUGUACUGCUCUCUCCAGCGUUUGUUUCAAUAAAAUUCCCCUGGUUUCUUGUCAG